CAAUGACCUAACAGUUGUCCUCCAAGCAAGCAUCACAAUAACAAAAAAUGAUGGAGAUGUCUGCUUCAUAUUGUUGAUAUUAAUUCAAUAAAUCGAAUAAUCGACCGACAAGUCUUCAGGGUAUCGCAUAUUCAGCAUCAUGCUGGCCAGGAAGGGUCUCCUCCCAGACGGGUUCCUGCUCACCCGCCUGGCUGAGGACCAGAACCAGCCUAACCGCAGCCGUUCCAGGACUCAGAGGGCCCGCUUUAUCACCAAAGCGGGCUCGUGCAAUGUGGCCCACAAGAACAUCAUGGAGCAGGGUCGCUUCCUACAGGACGUCUUCACCACCAUGGUGGAUCUCAAGUGGCAGCACUCCUUCCUCAUCUUCACCUCGGUCUUCCUCUGCUCCUGGAUGCUUUUCGCCAUGGUGUGGUGGCUCCUGGCUUUCGCACACGGCGACCUGCAGCAUCCCUUGCACCCCGAAGGAGAAUUGGCUCCUGUUCCCUGCGUCACCGCCAUCAACUCGUUCACCUCGGCGUUCCUCUUCUCCAUCGAGGUCCAGGUGACCAUCGGUUUUGGCGGCAGAAUGGUGACGGAAGAGUGUCCCUUUGCCAUUAUCGUCUUAAUCAUCCAGAACAUCUUGGGCCUGAUCAUCAACGCCGUCAUGCUGGGCUGCGUCUUCAUGAAGACGGCGCAGGCCAACCGCAGGGCGGAGACGCUCAUCUUCUCCAGGAAUGCUGUCAUCGCCCCGCGAAACGGUCGGCCCACGCUCAUGUUCCGAGUAGGCGACUUGAGGAAGAGCAUGAUCAUCUCGGCCACCGUCCAGCUGCAGGUGAAAGCGACAGCUAUGCGCCGCUCAUGGCAGGAGGUCUUGUACCCGACGCUGUGUGUUUCCACUGCCUUGUUCCUCCAGGUCAUCAGGCGGACGGUGACGGCAGAGGGCGAGGUGAUCCCGGUGAGCCAGCUGGACAUCCAAGUGGAGAACCCGCUUAGGAGCAACGGCGUCUUCCUGGUGUCUCCGCUCAUCAUCAGCCACACGUUGGAAAGAGGAAGCCCUCUCUACGAGCUGUCGGCCCAGUCGUUGACCUCAGCCGACCUCGAAGUCAUCGUUAUCCUUGAAGGCGUGGUGGAGACGACUGGCAUCACCAUGCAGGCUCGGACCUCGUACAUCCCUGAGGAGAUCCUGUGGGGGAGGCGCUUUGUGUCCAUCAUAAGCGAGGAGGACGGUCGCUACUGCGUCGACUACUCCAAGUUCGGCAACACGGUCCGGGUGCGGAUGCCGUCCCUCAGCGCCAAAGAGCUAGACCAGACGCGGGGGGUCCAGGAGGGUGCGCCCGAAGUGCAGCUGCAGGGCUGGGGGCUGGUCCGGGCCGGGCGGGGUGGCUUCCGCAGGGGGGGACGGGCCUGCGACAGUGCCGCCUCGCAGCCCUGGUACGCCCCGGCCGAGGAGGAGGCGGAGCAAGGAGGUCAGAAAAAGACAGUGCAGCUAGAAGUAAUCGGAUGCCAGACGGAGGGGUGACACGCAAUAAAAUGUGACGCUCAGGCCACGCUGACGGGAACGUAGAAGGACAACAACAACAAUGGCUUUAUUUUGUUUAUUCAGGGUUACGUGGCAUCUUCACAGCCAGCACCCAAGGAUGCAGAGCAGCGAGCCGAUAAUGAGCGUGACGGGCGUCGCCAUGGUGACGGCCUUGCUGGAGUUGCACAGGUUGCUGCUGCAGCAGCGGUACGUGAAGGCCGACAUGGCGGGGAACAUCUGGCCAAGGCGGGAAUUGUCACAGUCGGUGUACCUGAUGCACUGACGGAUGGUCUUCCCGCCUGGACACACACACACACACACACACACACACACAGUGAUUAGUCCAGAGAAAAAGCAAAGGACAUUUGACCUCUUACCUCUCUCACUCAAAGACAAGCAGGCGUCCUCGUACGUGCACUCUUGCACAUUCUGACAGUGGCCCGUGUAGUCGGCGCACUUGUAACAGCGAAGUGCGUCCCCUGAAGAGACACAUUUGGACAAAAUGUGCUUGUAAGAACGUUACAGGGCGUGCUCACUCACCUUCACGUAUCAUCACAGCAGCGGCCGCGAACAUCAGCAGGACAAGUUGGCUCCGACGUGCCAUGUCGUCGACUUCUUCCAGCUGGACUGAAUCGGGGAAUGGCCCGACAGUGAGAUGGCGAGCCCACGCACUGAAAACGUCUUUGUGGUGCACACACAAAAGACACACAAAGACUCACUAUGUGGUGUCAUCGCUGUGACAGUUUCUCCCACCCGGGCCUUGGAUACCAUGUCAAUGUGUCCACUGUGUGCGCUCGUCUGUUUGGAACUGUUCACAAACACACACACUUGAGGACAGGAAAAUGACAACGAUCGUUAGUUUUUAACUAAAACAAAACAAAUACUAUAUUUAAUAUAUUUUCUGUGUGCAUGUUAAUCAGACAAGCAACAAAGUGUCAACUUUUGUGGUGUUGGGGUGUGUGUGUGUGUGCGCGUGCAUGUGUGUGUGUGUGUGUGUGUGUGUGUGUGUGUGUCCCAUACAGUAACAGGGCACCAGCAACUAUAGAGACUCAAUUAUUUCCCCAUCCAGCUGCAUUCAAUGACAACACUGUAAUGUAUAAGUACUGUAUACUAUUAAGUCAACUUGAAUAAACAAAUCUCUGGUUUUAUUGA